GCAGGUGCAUCACCGCGUUCUUGGCGCUGGAGGGAGCAGACCCCGCGAUCGCGUCGGUGAAGGCGCAGCUGAAGACUUGGUUCGAGGUCUGGGCCAGGAGCCCCGACACCAGGGACCAGGUCAACUUCCAGCUGCUGAAGCUGAGAAGAGGGCCAGACAUCUGGAUCGACAGAAACGGCGACUAUGGGAAGUUCAGCACCGAGGACCAGGGCGGCGACUACUCGGAGAUAGUAGACGCGUUCCUGCAGGACAUCCAGGACCAGUUGUGGGAGAGAGCCGCACAGCACCACAACGGAGGAGGGCUACAGCGCGGCGCAGACGUGACGGACCUCAAGAAGCACCUCGGGCAGCUCGCGAAGAAAGAACACCACGGCACCUACGGCGCGCUCCUCACAGCGGCGUGCGCAGGUACCUGGACGCGAAGACGGAAACACGAGACCUUCGGCGGCGAGGAGGCCAUGUGCGAAUGCGGGAGGCCCGAGGACGACGAGCACAGGAUCUGGGGCGACUGCACCGCCAGGGAAGAUUGCGAGGCCAUCCGCAAGACCGAGGGCCUGGCGAGAAGGGCGCGCGUCGGAGCCAAGGAGAACCCCGCGUUCCGGUGCGACACCGAGCACAUCGAGCACACCACAGGCGCCUGCAUCACCCCAGACAGGCUGUGCGCAAGUGAGGGAGGCGAGCUCGCAGGCUGCGGCGACGGCUCAGGAGGCGAGUACAGCGCGGAUGAGAGGUAUUGCAGAUGCGGCUGGGGCUGGGUGCUACUGCACGAAGGUGAAGACACCGACGGGAUAGCGGGCGCCCGUUUCGGUCCGCUGCCAGGGCCAAGGCAGACCAACAAUAGAGCGGAGCUCUUCAGCCUGAUCAGCUUCGUCAACUCGACAGAGGGCAAGGUCAGCUUCUGGACGGACAGCGAGGUCACGUGCACAGGCUGGGCUGCAAGGCGCGAGGAGACCAAGGGGCUCGGCUGCAUCAACGGCGACCUGUGGCACCAGCUCGCUGAGGCGAUACGCAAGAGAGGUGGCGACCGCAGCGGCAUCAGCGUGCACCACCUCAACAGCCACAUGACGGAGCUGGAGGCCAGAGAGAAAGGCAUCGCACGGCGAAUAUGGGCAGGCAACAAGGCGGCAGACGAGUACGCAGCGGCAGGCGCCAAGACCCACGCGAUCAGCGACACCGAGAUGAGCUGCUACGAGUGGGUGAGGGCGACGGCGCACUUGGUCAGGCAGAGGAUCGCAGCCACCACGAAGGACGCACUCACCAGACGGCCGCCAGAGGAAGCGGAUAUGCGAGAGGCACGACGAGCCCAUGCCAAGCGGAUGAGGCAGAAUACGCUGAGGAAGAAGGACCUGCUCGGCGACAACCACCAGCGAAGGCCCGCUUCUCAGCACGUCCUGAAGCGGGACCGUCGGGGCACAGGUUGGACAUGCCUCUGCUGCUGGGAGUCGGCCAGCAGCACUACCAUGGCGAAGAACAUCCACGGAUGGCUGACGCAGACCUGCAGCGGACCUCCGCCCCCGACGGCACUCACGGUCACGAAGUACGGGGUCGAGUCGCACCACGCGCGCAAGCUGAGGCGGCUCUGGAGGCACAACCGAUGGUUCUGCGAGAACUGCGGAGGAGCCACCACAGAGCUGAUCGCCAAGAAGCUGCAGGAGCCCUGCUGCGGACACACGGCGUGCGACAGCGGGCGCUACAGGCCCCAGCGCUGGCUGAAGCAAGCGGCGUGCGAGAAAGGCACUUGCGACAUGCCCGCCGAGGAGUGCACCGAGGAGGAGCCCCAAGCGGAGGAGCUGGAGGAGGCCAGCAGCAGCCAGAGCACGGAG